UCGAGCGAGAGCGGACGUGUGUCUGGGUGUGCUCCUGCGUGCGUCUCGGUCUCCUGGUCUCUUUUUACGUGCAGUUCUCUCUCGUUCGCCUGAAGUGGGGGGGGCGUCGAAAAUUCGGCUCCGUUUCCCUCGGCUCUUUGAUUUGCUUCGUGUUUCUCUCUUAGGGGAGUUUGAAGCGGUCGGGCCCCAUGACGAGAAAUUGUGUCUUGUUAGAUAUUGUGGUUUUGAAGUGAUGGAGAUGAAAUGACAAGCGGUUCUCUUGGUGGAAUUUUGACCGAGAGGGAAAACACACUAAUUAUUGGCCUAUAUUGAAGUUUUUUUUUAUCUUUUUUUUUAUUUCCUAAUUAUUGUUUUGCUUUUGACUUUCCUCGUGGUUUGGGAUAGUUCCAAAGAGUUUUAUCAUUAAUGGCAAGAACUAUACCUACCUUGAUACUUAUUAAUAAGAGGAGUUAAUAAGGAGAAAAAAGGAAGAAAAAAAAGGCUCUUGCUUAAGAAAAAAGAGAGAGAAAGAGAGAAGAGAAAAGAAAAGAAAAAUAGUACACCAGGAAAUGAAAAUAAAAAGCAGCUGAAGGAAAAAUACGAACCAAUAAAGAUGCAGAGACAGUUAAAGAUGGCAGUCUCCCUGCUGGUGCUGUGGGCGUGCCUGUGCGCCGUGUGGGCGUGUCCUCGCGAGUGCCGCUGCUCCCUGGACGAGCGCGGGCGGCGCGGCGUGCGGUGCGAGGGCGGCGGCAUGCGCGACCCCGUGCCCGUGAUGGACAUGGGCUCCGACACCGAGCUGCUGGUGAUCGCGGCGCCGAAGGAGAAGCCCAACGCCCUGUCGCUUGGGCCCAUCUUCCGCGGGCUGCGCCACCUGGAGGAGAUCCACAUCACGUGGUCGGGGGUGCCGGCCCUCGGCGCGCACUCCUUCUGGGGCCUCCACCGCCUGCACGUCCUCAACUUCACCAACAACCACAUCUCCGCCCUCAUGGACACCAACUUCCGCGGCGCCGACGCCCUGCGGCACCUGGACCUGAGCCACAACCGCAUCCAGAGCGUGCCGUCCGCCGUGUUCCGCCACGUGCGCCACCUGCGGACCCUGUCGCUGGCCCACAACAUGGUGCCGGAGCUCGUGCCGCGGAUCUUCUUCGGCCUCACCAAGCUGGAGAAGCUGGACCUGAGCUACAACCCCCUCGGCGACCUCCAGCCCGAGAGGUUCACCGACGUGCCCGACCUGCGGCAGCUGUCCUGCGCCGGCUGCAGCCUCAUGUCCAUCAGCAGCACCCUCCUGCAGUCGCUGUCGCAGCUGCGGGAGCUGGACCUGCGCAACAACCGCCUGACGCAGGUCCCCCUCGGCGUGGCGUCCGCUGCCUUACCCAACCUGGUCAGCCUCAAGCUGGACGGCAACCACCUGUCCUUCGUGGAGCGCGGCGCCAUCUCCGGCUCGCCGCUCGUCAGCCUCCACCUGGCGCACAACCGCAUCAGCCGCCUCGAGGUCGACGCCUUCUCCAACAGCUCCAUCAAGCACCUGGACUUGUCCUACAACCGCAUCUCGCACCUCGAGCCCGGCGCCCUCGAGGACAUCCUCGACCAGCUGCACGAGAUCAAGCUCUCGGGCAACUCGCUGCACGUGGACCAGCUGAUGAGCGUGCUGCCCAAUGCGCGCCAGCUGCGCUACCUGGGCCUGGGCGACAUGGGCCACACCAAGCUGCCGGCCGAGCUGCUCCGCCACUCGCGCCACCUCCACCACCUCAACCUCUCGGCCAACUACCUGACGGCGCUGUCCACCGAGGUGCUGUACAACGCCCCGCACUUGUACACCCUCGACCUCUCGCUCAACAGCUUCCGCGGGCUGGAGGAGCAGCUGGUGGAGUCCAUCACGGCCGCCUCCGAGCUGCGCACGCUCCGCCUGGAGGGCAACCCGUGGCAGUGCGACCAGUGCCACGUGGGGCCUCUGCUGCGCUGGCUGCAGGACGCGCCCGACCAGGAGUCCGGCUGCGACGAGCCGAGGGUGUGGACCUGCCUCAAGUGCGUCAGCCCGCGGAGCGUGGCCGGCCUGCAGCUCGCCCUCCUGCCGCCCGGAGACUUACCACCCUGUCCCUUCACCACGCCCCCCGCGGCCGCCGUCUGGCCGACGUGGGUCGAGCCCUCCUACAGCGUCGUCACGGACGAGCCGGAGUUCCCUCGGGGGGAGCUCAGUCGGCAGGAGGACGCUGAGGGCGGCUGGUCACUUCAGCGCCUGAUAGAGGAAGAGCUGUACUUGGUCAUCGUGGUCGGCUGCGUGGUCGUGCUGCUGCUGCUCGCCCUCAUCGUGGUCGCCGUCGUCCUGUACAACCGCCACUCCGCCUUCUACUACACGUACGAGGACGACCCCGAGAAGAAGGAGAAGCUGAUGAAGGCGAAGGACAGCAAGAACAACAACGGCCCGGCCACGAAGACCCCGGCCAAGGGCGCCGUCGACGCCACCAUCGCCACCAUCGACGAGAUGACGGACAUCGCCGGCUCGCAGGAGGUGCUCGAGGCCAGCCAGAUCCGCAAGGGCGCCCUCACCAGCUCGCCCGCACUCAACCACUCGCCGGUCGCCAACCACUCGCCAGGGACCAACCACUCGCCCGCAGUCACCGCCUCUCCUGUCGCCAACCACAACCACUCGCAGAGCAACUCGCCGGCGCCCACGCAGAACAACGCCCACCCUCAGAACCACUCGACGCCCACCCACAACGGCCGCACGCCCACCCAGUCUCCAGUCCCCAACGUCGUCCAAGAGGCGGAGGGGCGAGCCGAGAGCCCGACGCUCUAGUAGAGUGGCCGCUGUAGAGAAGUUUCCUUUCGUAUCUUUUUUUUCUGACAAAUUACUUCAGAGUCUUAAGGAGAGGUGGCCACGGGAACGGUCGAGCUGGCAUACUAAACACGCGAAAGCAUAUACACACACGCAAACAAAACAAACAACCACACACACACACAUACAGACACACACACACACACACACACACACACACACACACACACACACACACACACACACACACACACACACACACACACACACACAAACAAUCAAACAAACACACAAGCAAACAAACACACACAAACAGCCACAAUUUCAGUAAUAAACAAACUAUUAAACACUUAUACAUGUACAGUAUAUAUUUUGUAUGGACGUGUAUCUAAAACUGGUUGUACGGCUGUGACAGAAAUGAAAGCACGAAGUUACAUAGUGUUUUCACAAUGACUGGUGGUUGGGGGGCGUGGCUUAGGUCACGUGACUUUCCGAAGGCGUUACUCGGAGGCGUUGCAUCAGUGUCGAGUCUACGUCCCUGGGUGAUUGUGUAUUGUAGAGAUAAGAGAAGAAAAAAAAAAACUGUUGCAGAGACAUUGAAAAGAAGUUAAAUAAGUGACCUAGGGAGACAGACAAAGAGAAAGAUUUGAACGAAUGGCUCAGAAUAUUUAUUUAGCAAGACGAAUACUACACAGAAAAAAAAAUAUAUAUAUAUGAUUUCCCCAAGACUUCGAUGUAUUCCAUAAAAGAUCAAGACAAAGUUAAAAAAAAUAAAAAAGAUGUAAAGAUUUUAUGUGUGAAAGAACUAUAUAACCAUUCUGUUUUUAUGUGAUGCCUCCUGCUCUCUCUACUUCCCCAUUACGAACUCUGCAUAUCAAGCUUUCGUUAUUCCUGUUACGUACGUUACGGACAGGGGUCGUCGUUAUUCCUGUCACGUACGUUACGGACAGGGGUCGUCGUUAUUCCUGUCACGUACGUUACGGACAGGGGUGGUCGUUAUUCCUGUCACGUACGUUACGGACAGGGGUGGUCGUUAUUCCUGUCACGUACGUUACGGACAGGGGUGGUCGUUAUUCCUGUCACGUACGUUACGGACAGGGGUCGUCGUUAUUCCUGUCACGUACGUUACGGACAGGGGUCGUCGUUAUUCCUGUCACGUAUGUUAUGGAUCAGGUCACCGUUAUUCCUGUUGCGUACUAUAUGGACAGGGGCCACCGUUAUCCUUGUUACGGACAGGGUCAACGUUUUUCCUGUUACGUACGUUACGGACCAGGUCAUCGUUUCUCCUGCCUCGUACGUUAUGGACCAGGUCAUUCCUGUUAUUCCUGUUACGUACGUUACAAAACAGGGGUGAUUCCCAACCAGCGUGACGUCACUGUGCUGAGCUGAGCCGUAACACCAUAGACACACAAGUUAGUCUUCCAAAGAGAGAACUCCUGCUCUUACCUUCUUCAAGAAAUUCCAGGAAAAAAGGAGGAAAAUAAAUCGAUGUAUUGGACCGGCAGUAGCUUCUCGAAAAUAUACCUUUUUUUCUCUCUCUCUCACGAGGAAAAAAAAUAAAUAAAAAAGGAAGAAAAGAAAUGGAAAGUUCUGAUCAACAAGUGACUCAUGCUCACUGACUUAAUUUUUUUUUUUGAAUAUAAUGAUAUCAAAAGAUUUCAGAAAGGCCUUUUAUGCGCAAGUUCUGCCGUUCCUAUUGUCUAGUGUUUGUGAUUUAUGAAGGAUUUUUGUAUAUUGCAGCAAAAGAUAAUAAUAAUAAUAAUAAUAAAAAAUAAUUUGAUAUUUUUUCACGUGCUCAUGAGAGAGAUUAAAUAUCUGAUAAGACAAGAGUCCUUUUCGACUGCCUCCUUUAAUUACAUGCUCUUUCAUCUUUUUCUCGAUAAACAUGAAGUAAUUAAAAGCUGUAACAAAGAAUAAAUUUUUUUUUUCUUUCGUUAAUAUUCUUGAAUGCUUUGAAAUUCUUCAAACUUCUGUUAAUUUCUCCAAGUAAAUCGCUCUUUCGAAAGAAAAAGAAAAUAAAUGUAACUUAAAUCUCAAAUCAGUCUUCAACCUUUAAUCCGAUUUUUAAUGCAACUUUCGAAAACUGGACAAAAAGUCGCAAAAGGACUUUUCAAUUAAAAAGAUUGUUUGGUAUUUGCCUAUAUGAAAAAAACAAACAAACAAACAAACAAUAAACCCUUCUUCAUCCUGCAGCAUAUUCUGUAUUUGUUGUACUAGUCACUAAUUUGUUUUAUUCCUUUACCAUAUAUGUAUGAUAUAUAUACACACACAUGAGACAUUAAGUGUUCAUAUGAAAAUAUUUCCCAGUGAUUCUAAAAUCUACGCCAUUAAGACUUACGUUCUACCCCGUGGCAUUCAUAACUGAGAUUAAAAAGGAGUGUGAACUUAUAUUCGUAAGGAAAAAAAAAGUAUAUCAAAGCUAUAACUUGGAUUUGAAACAAAAAAACAAACAAACAUUAAAAGGGAAAAAAAAGAAAUGAGUUAAAAGGAUUUAAUCGUUUCUAAACUGAAAUAAAGGAAAUUGCGUGUACGUGCUAUAUGCAUAGACAAUUAAAUCUGCUCUAGUCUCUUUUAUGAAUGUUUUUCCCUUUUUGUAUAAUGAGUUUGAAAUAUUAUUUCGAUAAGUAUAUUAUUUUUUAACACUGUGUUUUCUUUUCUCUUCGUUCACAAUACUUUCCUUUAUCUCCUUCCUUGUAUUUUCUUUUUUUAUUCUUCUUUAUUCUGUGUAUAUAAGGCAUGUAAGUGUGCAUAGCUUAUUUGAUGCUUAUUGUAAAUGUACAAAUUUUAUACUACUCAAGAAUAAUAAAUUAAAUAAAGUCAUACUG